AUGGAUUUUGGAAAUCAGCUUACAAAUUAUGACAAACAGAAAUGCAGAGAACUCUGGAACCGUUUUGAGAAUGCUACUAUCAGCUUGACUGCAGGAAUAUCAUUGUACAAGGCUAUCCAGGCGAAUUCCCACAUAAUACGACUGCUCAAUCUGGCAAAACCUCAACGGAUUCCAACAACAAUGCCACGCCAAAUGUCGAUCAUAAGAGAACAUAUGGACCGGAAUUUGCACGAAAUACAGGGGCUCAUUGCGGAACUUCGACCCAAGUCUCCAAAUGUGGUUGAUUGA